CCCUACUUGGAAAACCUAUAUGUAAAGCGAAAUUUCAUCUGAGGGUGUUUGGUUGCACGUUUCACUUCACCUCUCUCUCUCUCUCUCUCUCUCCCUCUCCCUCUCCCUCUCCUCCUCCACUUUCUCUUGUUUCGUACUUUACUCUUCCAGGUCCUGACUGAUGGAAAGGGUGCAAAGGAAAAUAUUAAUUAAUAAAUUUAAUCUUAUCCUACUGGCUUGAGAAACGCUGCAAAGCGGAUAUCUGGCAACUUGUUGAUUUGAACACAGGUAAGAAGCCAAGGACAUAGGAACAAUCACUGAAUGGGAAUGAGAGCAUUUGUGGCAUAUCAAAAAGUACUUCAGGCAAGGAAACUUCCUUAGAUGGAGGUUCAUACGCAAAGCAUUAUUCAGACCUAAGUUUGUGGCAGAAAAAAGAGAAAGACAAAGUAGUAGAAAAGAAGGCACAGCGUCCUGCUAAUUGUCAUGAAUCUUUGUCUUCCAGAGAUUACUUUAAUGGAGAAUGCUCUUCUAGAAAAUGAUUCUAAUACAUGGCCUAAAGGAGAUGUUAGCUUAAAGUUGGAUUUGGAAAUGACCCAAUGUAAUGCAGAGGAAAAGAAAAAGAAAAGGAGAAAGGAAAAGAGAAAGACAGAGAAAAAGAACCAGACGAGUAAUUCGCUGAAAAGGAAAGAUAUAGAUGAUAAUCUUCCCAAUGGCACUUCAAUAAAGGCCAGUCCUGUAAAAGUAGAUUCCAUUCUGCAUCCUUCAGUCAGUACAUGCUUAAGUACAGAUUUAGAAAUCACACAACAUGAUUCAGAAGUGAUUUUAUCUCAGAAUGUAGACAAUGGAAAGAAGAAAAAUAGUAGGCAUAAUGUCUUGACAAGCAAUGAUACUGAUCAAAACUUUCAGAAUGGAGGUUGCCAGCCUGGCUGCUAUUUAACUAAUACUGAGUUCGUUGAAAGAGUGGAUGGAAAUUCUGUUUCGGAAGUUGCAGAGCAGCUGCCUAGUUUCCAACAGUGCUUGGAUGCUAGUUCAACUAAGAAGCAUGACGACCAAGCUCAGGUUGAUACUUCUCUUGACUUGAGUAGUGCUAAACCCAAUCAGAGGAAGAAACAAAAUCGGAGGGAAAAGAGAAAGUUAUCUGAUUCUAGUGUAACCAGUUUAGUAUCCAUCAAGGAGGUUGCUCCCCCCUCAUUACUGGUUGUACAGGAUGCUAGUUCAACUAAGAGGCAUGACGACCAAGCUCAGGUUGAUACUUCUCUUGACUUGAGUAGUGCUAAACCCAAUCAGAGGAAGAAACAAAAUCGGAGGGAAAAGAGAAAGUUAUCUGAUUCUAGUGUAACCAGUUUAGUAUCCAUCAAGGAGGUUGCUCCCCCCUCAUUACUGGUUGUACAGGAUGCUAGUUCAACUAAGAGGCAUGACGACCAAGCUCAGGUUGAUACUUCUCUUGACUUGAGUAGUGCUAAACCCAAUCAGAGGAAGAAACAAAAUCGGAGGGAAAAGAGAAAGUUAUCUGAUUCUAGUGUAACCAGUUUAGUAUCCAUCAAGGAGGUUGCUCCCCCCUCAUUACUGGUUGUACAGGAUGCUAGUUCAACUAAGAGGCAUGACGACCAAGCUCAGGUUGAUACUUCUCUUGACUUGAGUAGUGCUAAACCCAAUCAGAGGAAGAAACAAAAUCGGAGGGAAAAGAGAAAGUUAUCUGAUUCUAGUGUAACCAGUUUAGUAUCCAUCAAGGAGGUUGCUCCCCCCUCAUUACUGGUUGUACAGGAUGCUAGUUCAACUAAGAGGCAUGACGACCAAGCUCAGGUUGAUACUUCUCUUGACUUGAGUAGUGCUAAACCCAAUCAGAGGAAGAAACAAAAUCGGAGGGAAAAGAGAAAGUUAUCUGAUUCUAGUGUAACCAGUUUAGUAUCCAUCAAGGAGGUUGCUCCCCCCUCAUUACUGGUUGUACAGGAUGCUAGUUCAACUAAGAGGCAUGACGACCAAGCUCAGGUUGAUACUUCUCUUGACUUGAGUAGUGCUAAACCCAAUCAGAGGAAGAAACAAAAUCGGAGGGAAAAGAGAAAGUUAUCUGAUUCUAGUGUAACCAGUUUAGUAUCCAUCAAGGAGGUUGCUCCCCCCUCAUUACUGGUUGUACAGGAUGCUAGUUCAACUAAGAGGCAUGACGACCAAGCUCAGGUUGAUACUUCUCUUGACUUGAGUAGUGCUAAACCCAAUCAGAGGAAGAAACAAAAUCGGAGGGAAAAGAGAAAGUUAUCUGAUUCUAGUGUAACCAGUUUAGUAUCCAUCAAGGAGGUUGCUCCCCCCUCAUUACUGGUUGUACAGGAUGCUAGUUCAACUAAGAGGCAUGACGACCAAGCUCAGGUUGAUACUUCUCUUGACUUGAGUAGUGCUAAACCCAAUCAGAGGAAGAAACAAAAUCGGAGGGAAAAGAGAAAGUUAUCUGAUUCUAGUGUAACCAGUUUAGUAUCCAUCAAGGAGGUUGCUCCCCCCUCAUUACUGGUUGUACAGGAUGCUAGUUCAACUAAGAGGCAUGACGACCAAGCUCAGGUUGAUACUUCUCUUGACUUGAGUAGUGCUAAACCCAAUCAGAGGAAGAAACAAAAUCGGAGGGAAAAGAGAAAGUUAUCUGAUUCUAGUGUAACCAGUUUAGUAUCCAUCAAGGAGGUUGCUCCCCCCUCAUUACUGGUUGUACAGGAUGCUAGUUCAACUAAGAGGCAUGACGACCAAGCUCAGGUUGAUACUUCUCUUGACUUGAGUAGUGCUAAACCCAAUCAGAGGAAGAAACAAAAUCGGAGGGAAAAGAGAAAGUUAUCUGAUUCUAGUGUAACCAGUUUAGUAUCCAUCAAGGAGGUUGCUCCCCCCUCAUUACUGGUUGUACAGGAUGCUAGUUCAACUAAGAGGCAUGACGACCAAGCUCAGGUUGAUACUUCUCUUGACUUGAGUAGUGCUAAACCCAAUCAGAGGAAGAAACAAAAUCGGAGGGAAAAGAGAAAGUUAUCUGAUUCUAGUGUAACCAGUUUAGUAUCCAUCAAGGAGGUUGCUCCCCCCUCAUUACUGGUUGUACAGGAUGCUAGUUCAACUAAGAGGCAUGACGACCAAGCUCAGGUUGAUACUUCUCUUGACUUGAGUAGUGCUAAACCCAAUCAGAGGAAGAAACAAAAUCGGAGGGAAAAGAGAAAGUUAUCUGAUUCUAGUGUAACCAGUUUAGUAUCCAUCAAGGAGGUUGCUCCCCCCUCAUUACUGGUUGUACAGGAUGCUAGUUCAACUAAGAGGCAUGACGACCAAGCUCAGGUUGAUACUUCUCUUGACUGA